AAGCAAAAGAGAAAGAAAUUGAAAACAUUCUCCAUAUCCUAGAGUGUAGUUAAAUGGAUUUGUUGAAACAAUUUAUCUGAUGAAAAAGAAUUAUGUUAUUGCAGGAAGGACUACUCUCAAAAUCAGAAUUCUGAUUAUAGGAUUUUGUUUAGAGGGUGAAAAUAGAGCUUUGAUCUAUGAGUUCAUGCCAAAUGGAUCUCUAGACAAGUUCAUCUUCAAAGAAAGCACUUUAGAGGACAAUCAACACUUGGGAUGGGAAAGGCUAUAUAGUAUUGCAAUUGGAAUAGCUCAAGGGCUUGAGUACUUGCACCAUAGAUGCAAUACAAGGAUUUUGCAUUUGGACAUAAAACCUCAAAACAUUCUUCUUGAUGAAGAAUUUUGUCCGAAGAUUUCUGAUUUUGGGCUAUCAAAACUAUGCACUAGAAAAGACAGUAUUGUGUCAAUGUUAGAGGCUAGAGGAACAAUUGGGUAUAUAGCUCCAGAGGUUUUUUGUAGAAACUUUGGCCCUGUUUCACACAAAUCAGACAUCUAUAGUUAUGGAAUGAUGGUUCUUGAAAUGGUUGGGGGAACGAACAGUGGAGAAAGUGCUAGUAGUGACUAUUUUCCUGAUUGGAUUUAUCGGCAUCUAGAACUGGUGGAAGAACUACAAGGUCUGAGGUCGAAAGUAGAAACUGACAUUGAAAAAAAGAUGAUAUUGGUGGGGCUGUGGUCCAUACAAACAAACCCUUUCGAUAGGCCAUCAAUAAAGAAGGUGAUUGAGAUGUUGGAAGGAAGUGUAGAAGCCUUGGCAAUUCCACCUAGGCCUUUUCUUUCUUCUCCUCCAAGAACUUUGCCUGAUUUUGUUGCCACAUCAAGUUCGAAUACUGUAUCAUUGGUAGAUUAAUUUGUGUACCUCUGGUUUAUCUUUUGUGUCCACCAAAAAGAAUUUGUAUUAUUAUUAAUACUACAAGGCUCAAGGAUACUUCAAGUUAAGUUGACAUAUUAGUUUUCCCUGUAUUUGGUCUGAGUGAGUUAUUGGCCCAUGACAUUAGAAGUAUAGGAUAAUGCAAUAAAUAUCCAUAGUGGGG